AUGUUGACUGCCAACCACUUCCAACGACCGGGCCACGGAGAGCCAACCUGCCAAAUGACUACUACUGAAAAUCUGCCAGAUGAAAAUGGCCCUGGUCGCAAUGAAAGAAGUCCUGAUCAGUGUAGAUUGAUAGAUGUGCACCCUAGGGGCGAUACUGCUGACUUCCCCACUGGAGGGCGGGAUGUGCCCUCGUCUCUCAACUGCGGCGAAGCUGAAUCCGCCAUAGGAAUUGCUCGAAGAAUCUGUCAACUUGGCAGCCAUAAUAUUGAUGAACAAACCACAUCCGCCAUACCCGGCUACCAGGCCAGCAUCGGUGGUUCUAUGGCAAACUCAGCAACGGGCCGACGCAUUCCGAUAUCUUCUAUAUUGAGUCGCCCGUUCCCUCCUAUGGAGGUUGUAUACAGUCUGUUGGAAGAUUAUUUCGAUGCCAUACACUGGUUUUCUCUUGCCAUUUAUGAGCCGAAAUUCAGAAAGAGCCUCCUUUCAAUCGCGCAUGGUUCUGCAUACCCCUCGCAAAGACCGUUUCUCGUGCUGUUAGCUAUGAUGCUCGCAAUGGCAUCGUGGUACCGAUCCCAGAAGAGCUGUACAGAUCCGGCUGCCAGCAGCCAUGACAUGGAGAAAUUGAGUGCAGACCUGUUGGGGCUGGUUGAGUCCAAUCUGGUAGAAUUAAUGGAUCAACCUUCCGUCACCUCAGCCCAGACCUGCAUUCUCCUGGGAUCGCAUUAUGUCUAUCACGGUCGUCCAAAUCUCUCCUUUUCUUUAUUAGGAGCGACCAUAAAGAUGGCCCAGUCUUUAGGAAUGCACCGAGGACUUGUACGGGGGGAUUUCGAAAAUAUCGAGGAAAGAAAAAGAGUGUGGUGGACGAUUUACACAUGGGAUAGGUUCGCAUCAAUUACUUACGGCCGGCCAUUGGGUAUCAACGACAAGGAUUGCAAUCUUGACAUGCCAGCGGAUGUGUUCGAGAACCCAAAGUUUGUUGCUCCAGCCUCCGGUCAGGAUAUUCCCAUAUGCUAUUCAACCUACCAGCGGGAGUUGAACCAGCUCUACUUGAUUGCAUCGCCUGCGCUCAAGACCGUUUUCGGCUCACGAACCCUAAGAACUUCCGAACAGCUGAACGGUGACACAUAUUUUGCACUAGUCAGACAUGCCACCGAGAACCUCCAGAGAUGGCGAUCCUGCCUUCCUAGCCAUUUAGCUUUGGAUCUUAGUCGGGACUUCGAUCCCGAUGAUAGGCCGAGCUUGAGGGCACACGCUCUGCAGUCUCUGUCGCUGCAACUGACUUACGACAAUGUUCUCAUUGUGCUGCAUCGACCUUUGUUAGCACGGCAGGUUGAUCAUCUAUAUACCGUGGAUAAACAAUCACCAGAGGGAAGCAGAACGGACAACAUCAUGUACCAUCCGAAUACCACUCCCUCCGUAGCCCAGUCGAGCUUAUCUCCCGACUCCACGUUUCCCAAUACCCAGACCACAAGUCCAGAUCUAUGGAUGAACGCUGCAAAAAGAACAUCAAGGGUGACAGAAAUGCCGGCUCUAGCCCAGCUUGCGACCGACAGCCACCUGGGCGCAUUUCUUGCAAUCAACCUAUUCAAUGCUGCAAUCGUGUUGGCUGUGAUGGCUCUCUCAGAGCCUCUUUCCGAUACCGCGCAGGAAGUGAAGCGCACAAUUACUCGCAUUCUUCGCCUGCAAGAUCUGCUCGGAAAACGGUUUGCACUAUCGAAGCAAAGCACCGCUGUGCUGAAGAAUGUUGUUAUCAUGCUGCUCCGUCGUGAAUCAGCUGCGAUGCUCGCUCCAAUUACCGGAACAAGCCAAGUAAUGGGUCACCAGCCUUUACAGGCCCCGCCAGAUCCGUCAUUGAUUUCUGUUGAAGACACACUUCGCAUGCCGCUCGAUGCCGCAUGGGACUCUCGUAAUCCUCUUGCUAGGGACCAACGCCUGCCGGACCUCAGCAGGGCUGAUCGUCUGAACAAUAGCCUGACGUCUGUCCAAUAUGCCUUGGGCCCAGGGGAUCUCGCUGCCGGCAUACCUACUGGCGGAGAUAGCCUUCAGCUUCGUGAGUUUGUUGAGCUAGGCAUACAGACACAUGAAGGAUACCAGCUACCAGCAGAAUAUGAUUGGAGUAUGUCUGGUCUGUCUCGGGAACCUGUAGAAAACAACCAGCAGGACAGUGUGGAAGGCGGGUUAUAUUGGUUAUGGGACAUGACAUGGAAUGGAGCUGGGGGGUAA